GUACAAGAAAACACAUGAGACCCUGAGCCAUGCAGGCCAAAAAGCAACAGCAGCUAUCAGCAACGUAGGAACAGCUAUCAGCAAGAAGUUUGGAGAUAUGAGAUCUCAUUCAAUUGGUUACUCCAUUCGCCAUUCCAUAAGCAUGCCUGCAAUGAGGAAUUCUCCAACUUUCAAAUCAUUUGAGGAGAAGGUUGAGACCACUGUCACAAGCCUUAAGACCAAGGUUGGUGGGACAGGCCACCCAGGAGGCAGUUUUGAAGAAGUUCUCAGCUCUACAGCCCACGCCAGUGCUCAGAGCUCUCUUGCUGGCACCCGACUCCCUGAGAGUGAAGAAGAGCUUCAGUGUUAA